GGGUCCUCGGCAUGUGUGGCGCGGUAUUUCCUUGGUGAGUUUGAGUUUCAGGAGCGAAAAUCAAAACCGAAAUAUUAGAUAUUAAUAUUAAUAUUAACGCGGUGAGAUGAGCGCGUGCUGAGAUGUCCUCCUUCACCGAGAGCAGCUGGUUCGUCCGGAAGGUGAUUAGAUGGAGAGCCAUUGCCAGUGUUGCGUGGUCAGUGCUGCUUCUGCCGGCCACAACGACGCUUUUUAUUUUCCUCAUUAGGUUCCGAUUGUUUCACCCCAUCCAGUGGACCUCAGAAUGUUUAGCACUUUUGACUGCGGCGGGUACCAUCUUCUCCCUUCUCCUGCUGAGUGGAGUCGUGCUGGUGAUUGGCUUUUUCAACCUGGAGUAUUAUACAGUUGUGCCCUCCAUCCCGUGCUCCCGAGUGGCUCUCCUGGCUAAGGUGCUGCACCCACGGCAGUGCGUCCACUCUCUGGUGCACUGCACUGUGGGUAUGGUGGUGAUGUGGUGUGCCUCCAUAACGGCCGGUGGCCGAUAUCGCACUCUCGGCUCUCCCUGCACGCACAGCGAGAGCGGCGGUGCUCCUGAUGCCUGUCUAAAUGAGUAUCACCUGUUCUUCCUGCUGGCCGGAGCUUUCAUGGGAUACAGUCACAGCUUCUUGGGAGUCGUCCAAAAUAUGAAUUAUGUGUCCUUUCAGAACAUACAGCAGUAUAAGUACCUGCGCUUUAAAGGCUCCCUGCCGUGGGUGGUGAAGUGCAGCGCUGUUCAGUCUCUGUAUUCAGUCAGGAAUUAUGUGGCUCUCUACUUCUUUUUUGGUCAUAUUUCCAGAGCGUGGAUCUCUAACACACUGAAUCUGCAGAUUGACAGUUCUCUUCACUCUCUGGACUCGCUGGCCGGUCUGCUGGACUUCUCUCUGCUUUAUCACCUGUGGAUCAGCGGCACCUUCCUGCUGCUCACCUGGUACAUCACCGUGCUGCUGUUCAGGAUCUACGUCACCGAGUCGUACAGAUUCCCAGUGCAGUCCACGUUCGCUGAGGAUGUGGAGCAGUGUCUUCCUAAAGUCCUGGCUGAAGAGAACACCCUGAUUAUGAAGUUUCUGGCCCUGCAGGACCUGGCUUUGCUGUCCCAGCACUCACCUUCUCGCAGACAGGAGGUUUUCAGCCUGAGCCAGCCAGGUGGUCAUCCCCAUAACUGGAACGCCAUCAGUAAGGAGUGUCUGGCUCUGCUGAAUCAACUAACGCAGCGCCUCGUGGCUCACCAUGACGCCGUGGCCUCCAACGGCAGAGCGAAACUUCCAUCUGCCGGCAGUGAUGCCAGAUCCUCCUCAGAAAGCUCAGUUUCCUCUGCGGUGAUGUCGGGGACGGAGGAUUUGCCCCAGACUCCGCGCCCCAGCGCUCUGAUGCGGACCCCCGGCUCAGCCUUCCUGAAGUCAUCCAGCAGAAGCGUGAGCAGCCCCAUGACUGCCCCCUUCACCCCAGACCUGGACAGUCCCUUCUCCACCCCCGCCUUGCGCCGCCUGGCCCCCCAGCCGGGCCCUCAGCAGGCCACUUGGUUCGGUUCCGUUCAGAGCCCACACAUCAUGAGGAGAGGCCCCAAACUCUGGAGCGCUUCCACAGACUCUCAGGCCAAUGGCAGUGCUACCGCGUCUCCUGCUCCCGCCCCCAGCUCUCCGCCUCCAGACCAGAAACCCAGCUUCAUCGCUCAGUGGCUCCAGAACAGGAAGGAACAGGUGAAAGGGUUCUUGGCGAAGCGCGUGCUGGUAGUGUAUUUGUUUAAUAAGCUGCCAGAAGCUUCGAGCCAAGCCCUGUUUGCUGACGGCCAAGCGCAUAUUUGGGCUCUGGAAGGUUUGUCUCAUCUGGUGGCUGCUUCCUUCUCUGAGGACAAGUACGGAGUGGUCCAGACUACAUUACCCAGCAUCCUCGGCAGCAUGUUGUCUUUGCAAGAGGCUGUGGACAGGCACUUCAAGCUCCCUCAUGCCUCCAGUAAGCCGGUGAAGACGAGCUGCAGCCUGGGAGACUCCACUUAUAAAACUCUCCGCUUCGCCCUGAGGGCCUCCCUGAAGACCGCCAUCUACAGGAUAACCUCUACGUUUGGAGAGCACUUAAAUGCUGUCUGUAUAUCAGCGGAGCAUCAGAAGAGACUUCAGCAGUUCAUGGAAUUCAAGGAGUAACUACGUUAUCUCUUAUGCGGAUGCACUUUGGGUGGAUGGGGGUGUUUGUAUGUGUGCGUGUGACCAUCUCUCUAAAGGACCUGAGUAUUUCAGUCAUAAACGCAGGGUUUGGCACCUGAUGGAUCACUGAAAGCCUUAUAUCUAUACGAUCUGGUGCUGCACUGUGCUUCUCUUCAUUUGCUGUGAAAAUCAUUUAGCUCCACAUUUUUGCCACACUAACAGGUUAGUAUUUCCUUUCAGAGGUUCUCUCUUCCCUUUUUGGGAGUGUAAGAUCCGUAAACGGACCUGAUGUGAAGAUAGGAAGUCAAAAAGCAUAAAGGUUAUUUACAGAACUUAAAGGGGAGCUCCACUCGCCUUUUGAAAUUUCAGCAUAAUUAACUGGUUAAGAUGUAAACAGAGUCGUUCAGAGUGGUUUGGUGUGAAACGCUCUGUUCUAGAGAAACUUACCGAGUCAGAAUUGUUCACAGUGGUGGUGAUA